AUGCACUAUGUACACUCACUUCAUCACCGCUACGGACCUAUCGUCCGGAUAUCGCCGACUGAGGUCGCCGUCGCCGACCCAGAGGGCUUCAACGCGAUCCACAAAAUUGGCUCCGGAUUUCUGAAAGGGCCUUGGUACUCGACGGUGACGGUGGGUGUCGAGCCAGGGAUUUUCGCCAUGGUCAACCCGAAGGAACACGCCGCGCGCCGGAAGCUCUUCGCCAGAGCGUUCACAAGUGCAUCUCUGCGCCUGAAUUGGGAGCCCGUCGUGAGACAAAAGGUCGAGAGAGCCGUCGAACGUAUUAAGACCGAUGCUCUGACCGGCAAGGCCGACGUAUUAAAGUGGUGGACGCUCAUGACCACCGAUGUCAUUGCUCAUCUGUCUUUCGGAGAGUCUUUUGACAUGUUGGAAUUAGGAGAGAAAAACAGUUACAUCAAAGCCCUCGAAUCCGUGUUCAUCAUGGGCACUCUGCGCGAAGAGCUACCGCUAGUUUACAUGCUUGCGCGUUGGCUUCCAAUGGAGUCAGUCCAAUCCGUCUUGCGAGCACAAGCGGUCGUAGACGCACAUGCUGUUAAAGCCGCAGCCAAUCUUCGUCAAAACGGCCACUCCGCAAACCUCUUUGGCAACAUGCUUGCUGAGUGUGAGGUUGGCGAAAAGUCGGACCUGACUCCGGAGAAAGUGCAGGCGGAGGCUGGCAACCUCAUCGUUGCCGGUUCCGAUACCACUUCGGUUACUUUGACUUAUCUAGUUUGGGCUGUACUUAAGCGACCAUCCCUUCAAGCUAGACUCGAAGAUGAGCUUGCGGAAGUUGGUGAUGGGUUUGAUGACGCCACGCUCGAGAAGCAGCCUCUGCUCAAUGCUGUGAUUGAUGAGACUCUCCGUCUUUACGGGGCUGCCCCGGGAAAUCUGCCCAGGUCCGUUCCGCCACAAGGCGCGACAUUGGGAGGCUUCUUCAUCCCUAGAGGAACGGUGGUGGAGACACAAGCUUACACAUUGCACCGACACCCGAGCAUCUUCCCUGAUCCUCUGCGAUUCAAUGAGAGUCGCUUUCUGGAUGAAACCUCAUUGUCGAGGCUACAGAAGCAGCUUUACUCCCCCUUUGGGGCCGGCACACGUGUCUGUAUUGGUCUGCAUCUGGCUCGCAUGGAGCUUCGUCUGGCUACUGCCGUCUUUUUUCGGAGCUGCCGAGGAGUGAGGCUGGCAGAUAAUAUGACCGACGAUAUGAUGGAGAUGCAGAACUUCUUCCUGAUCAGCCCCGCUGCGCAUCAUUGCGACGUCACGCUCAUGUGA